UCUCAUCGAGCCGGAUGGGAUCUGCUGAUUGAACGCAUUGAACGUGUGUACACGUAACCCGCAGUGGCGCAGCGUAUUUUUCUUCGAAAUGUUUUUUGUAAGCGUUGUCAUGUGUCAUUGGGCAUGAAAUGCUGGUCGACCAUGCCUCACAAUUUUAAAAUGCGAGCAAGAAACCGAGGCUUUGAAGGCUUCACGAAAGAGAAGGAAGGCAAAUGGAAUGGGCCGUUCUUCUUCAUAAAUGCGUCAGAUACGCAGUUCGGCAUGAUCGAAUCAUAUCUCGAAAAACGGCCGAACCCCAAGUGGGAUAAAGAAAUCGUUCUGACCAGGCAGGCUAUUGCAGCUGUCAAUCAGAUGAACCCAAAACCAAGAUUUUUUGUGGUUUGUGGCGACCUUAUAGAUGCCUUUCCAGGUACAUCUCUCAGGAAAGCCCAAGAAGCUGAUUUCAAGAAAGUCUUUAGUGAGCUGAGCUCCACUGUACCAUUGGUUUGUGUCUGUGGGAACCAUGAUCUUGGAAACCAACCAACACCCGAAUCUGUUCAAAGUUUUAGAGAAGUCUUUGGUGAUGACUACUUCGUCUUCUGGUGUGGUGGAGUCAUGGGCAUUGUAAUAAAUUCUCAGUUCUAUGAAGAUCCGUCUCUGGUUGAAGACCUUGCUAAGGAGCAGGAUUCAUGGCUGGAUCACCAACUGGAAGAAGCCAAGUCUGGUGGCUACAAGCAUGUAGUUGUGUUCCAACAUAUCCCUUGGUUCCUGAAAGAACCCGAAGAAAAAAAGGAAUACUUCAACAUUGUUUAUGAUCUGCGUAUGAAGAUGCUAGAGAAAUUCCACAAAGCAGGUGUUCGAGCUAUCUUCUGUGGCCAUUACCACCGUAAUUCUGGUGGCUUUUACAAGAACAUGGAAUUGAUUGUAACGUCUGCCAUUGGGGCUCAGCUGGGGAAAGAUAAGCAUGGGCUGCGUGUUGUCAAAGUGCUUGAUGACACCAUAUGUCACAAAUACUAUGAGCUCAAGGAUAUUCCCCAACAUGUGCCUUUACAGUAAACUUCCUGUCAUUGCUUGUGUAAGGCUGUAGAGCACGAAUGUGUGGUAUUAGCUGGGUUGUGUUUGGUAGUAGAAAGUGGCGAGCAAAAACUGGUGGUAAUAAAGUUUGCUCAAGGAUGUA